AUGAAGACGCCCGACCAACCUACUAGCCUCAACAAACCACCUUCCCUCCCAGCCUAUGUCUGUUUCAUUCAAGUAGUCACGUCUGCAGGGGCGAGAGGCGAAACGAACACUCAACCGACGGCCGCUCGGACACGCAUCCCCGAAACAAGAGGCAUCUGGACCUCGGGUCGACAGGACAGUCGGGACCAGUCAUAUCCAUCGUCGCCGACGUCUCGCCAUAACAACCACGUCUUUCUCGUCGUCCCAUCAGUGCGCAGGCUUGACGCCCCACGGUCAGUGUACGCCAGCCCACCCUCACUUGGCCACUUGAUUAUGCUCUCAAGCCGUCUUUAUGCUUGGCUGCACGACCCGGACACCAACCAACAGACAUGCUCUUCGCCGCAUCGGCCCACCGACAACACCGACAACACC